UUGGUGCAUUGAAAUGCAUUUUCCUUUGUCAGUUUUUUCUUGGUCUGUGAAUUCUUGACAUUCCUAAUGUUCUCCCCUCUCAUAUUUAAAACACUAAUAAUAUUUUUGUCACAGCUUCUGCUUCUUGUUUCUGCUCAGGAUGAUGGAAAGUGUCCACCGUCUUUCAACUGUGGAUAUCUUGGCCUCAUUAAGUUUCCUUUCACAACCACAAAGCAACCACACUGCGGCUUAUUGGCUAUACAUGGCUGUGAAGAACACGAUCCAUACGCUCCCAAAACCGUCAAACUAAGCAAUUCAACAUCAAGAUCUUACACUGUUCUGCAGGUUGAACCUCGUACCAUAGGGAUCUUAGAUGAGAAACAAGAUCAUUAUUUGAAAACCAGAAAUUGCACAAUCUUCACCGGAGUCAAUUUUACUCUUCCUCACACCUCUCCUUUAGCUUCUUUCCACAUCAAAUAUAAUAUAACUAUCUUCAGAUGCAAUCACUCCCUCAAAAUCGUCACCUUUCCCAAAUAUUUUUAUAGAUAUUCAAACUGUCCUGAAUACGAUAUCUACUAUGGCCUUCCAAAUACUGAAACUCCUCUGGGCUUCAAGUGGCCCAGCUCUUUGGCACCAUGCUCAACCACUCAGCUUGCUGUAGACAAGAUAUCUACUCGCAAUCCCUUUCAAUUUCUAUCUGGUAUUAUGAUUAUUGAAGUACGAUUAUCUGAUGAAUGUGAAAGGUGUCUUCUUGAUGGAAAAAACCGAUGUUUACUUGACAGUAAAGGAAAAUUCUAUUGCGCCAGAGGGAAUAAAAAUUUGGCGUGGAUACUGGGACUAGGUAUUGGACUCCCAGGAAUUAUUAUAAUUGGGCUACUGAUUAUAUGGCACUGCAAACCAAGAUAUGUGUCUGAUUUCUAUUCAAAUCCAUACCCCGAGAGUGCGAGUAUCUACUCUGGGGUCCCUGUGUUCACCUUUAAGGAUCUUGAAAUAGCAACAAAAUGUUUUGACAGUUCAAGAGAACUAGGAGAAGGAGGCUUUGGUAUUGUUUACUAUGGUAAGCUUCAGGAUGGACGAGAAGUUGCUGUCAAACGCCUAUAUGAGAACAACUACAGGCGAGUAGAGCAGUUCAUGAAUGAAAUCAAGAUCCUCAUGAACUUGCGCCACACAAAUUUAGUGUCUCUUUAUGGCUCCACUUCACGUCACAGCCGUGAACUAUUGCUUGUGUAUGAAUACAUUUCAAAUGGGACUGUGGCCAGUCAUCUCCAUCACUAUGGAUCAACAAAUACUGGGUUUUUGCCAUGGCCUAUUCGAAUGAAAGUUGCCAUAGAGACUGCUACUGCUUUGGCCUAUCUCCAUGCUUCUGACAUAAUUCACCGUGAUGUCAAAACAAACAACAUUCUCCUUGACAACACUUUUUGUGUUAAAGUUGCAGACUUUGGACUGUCAAGACUGUUCCCCAAUGAUGUCACACACGUUUCCACAGCUCCCCAAGGAACACCUGGCUAUGUUGAUCCGGAAUAUCACAGAUGCUACCAGCUUACAAACAAGAGUGAUGUGUAUAGUUUCGGGGUUGUGCUGAUUGAGCUAAUAUCAUCUAUGCCACCAAUUGAUCUGACCAGGCAUAAGGAUGAAAUAAACUUGGCAGAUCUAGCCAUAAGGAAGAUUCAAAAAAGUGCACUUGCAGAGCUGGUGAAUCCUUCCCUUGGUUAUGAUUCAAAUAGUGAUGUUAAAAGGCAAAUAACUUCAGUAGCAGAAUUGGCUUUUCAGUGUUUGCAACGGGACAGAGAAUUGAGACCCUCCAUGGAUGAAGUCUUGGAGGUGUUGAGGAGAAUUGGGAGUCAGAAGGAUGAUCUAGAGGAAGUAAAAGUUUACGGUGAAGGUCCAUUAUCACCAUCUUUACCAGAUCAUGACCAAGUAUGUUUAUAAACAUGAAGUUGACGCCUUCGACAAAGGGCAAUUUUAAUUUGAUUUUCAUCAAGACUUACUAUCAGAUUAUCUGGACAGGUUGUAAUUGUACAUAAAAGAAUCAAAAUAUCUUAUCAUCUUCACCAAA